GUAACCGACUCGCCCGACAGCCAGCGCCGACACCACGAUGGACAUUGUACAGCGGAUCGGCCAGUACUUUGCUCAACACGAGCAACAAAUGAACGAUGUCAUGAAACAAGCGCUCGAGCGCAGCCAGAGUUUGGUUCCAGCGGCGCCACCUGUCAAACCCCCGCGGGUGAUUCAAGGCGCCUUCUUUUCCUCAAGACAACCAUCAACAACGACGAAGCCAUCCUCUCCAUCAUCGUUGUACCAAUCUGAGGACGUGCCAGACCCCCCAUCUCCUGUCACAGCAGUACGAAAACCACCCCCGAGUCGACUCAAGCCAAAGCGAAAAAACUCGUCAAAGAAGAAACCAAUUCGACCAACGCCGACCACAACGCCCGAGAAAGAAGCAUCUACAAUCACCAAACUGACCACAGCGCAAAAACUACAAGAAGCGUGGCGACUGACGUGUGAACGGGCCAAGAAGAUUCAAACCGACCAAGAGGCAAAACUCAAGGAGACCCAAGAGCUCGAACGGCAUGAAAAGGCCCGGCGAGACAGUCAACUCCAGCAGAUUGAAAGCGCCAGGCGACAGGCGUUUGCAAAGCCUCGCCCACCAUCCCCCACAGUUCCUCCCAAACAGCUCAACGUUGCUGAAAUAUGGUGCGAACCCCGCCGUGCGGAGCGAAAGCCGCGACCGCAGCGACCAACUGUCGCGCUAAGGCCGGCAAAGCCAUCAAAGAUCCCAGACGAAAGCUGUCGCUUAGCACAACCACACUCUCAGUCCUCCGAUCCCAUCAGCAGCAACAAUGUCCCCGCAGGACCAUUGCUUCACGCACAUCUGAAUCCUGUCACGAAGUUUGGCCCGCCUCCGUCGUCAACACCAUACCUGGACGAGCUGGAGGCCCGUAAACGAGCCAUGUUGCUCGAGCAAGGCACAGCGGUUUCAAAAGUUCGCGAGCAACUGGAACAGCAACGUUUGGCGGCCAAACGUCAAGCAGAAAAAGACUCCAUGUGUCGUCGUCGCGAAGCGCACAACGCGGCGUUGGCAACCACAGUGGCGCAAUUGCAAGUGGAGAAGGAACACUUGGAACAAUCGUUGAGAUCGCUACAGGUGCGAGUCGCUCGGUUUGUCCAGCGCUAUAGCAGUGUGAUCACAAAUAAGACCUCACCUUACUGCUGCAGACCGAGGAAGCGGACCUGAGGCGUGAACGCCAUCGUUUGACGAUGGAGCGUCGUGCAGCACGUCGAACAGCUGCUGGAUCAAUCAAGCGACUGGAGACUCCAGAGGCAAUCCAAAGUUGGGUACAAGAGGAGCGCGUCCGUGCUGCCGAGGCAAAGCUCGCACGGGACAGAGCCAAGCUCCGCGUUCAACGGCACACAGCUCAUGCUGGAGGUCAUGGCGGCCCCGAAACGUCCGACGACGACGUGGAUGACUUGCAAGUGGAAACGACAGGAUGGCACUUGAGCCCUCUUAGCUCGCCAUGCUUCCAGAAGGCUCUCUUCACCUACAGCAGCAGCAGCAGCUCCGACGAUAACAAUUGAUGCCCAAGCUCACACAAACAAAAUGUCGGCAGGAUGGCAAUUCGUUCUCUGAAGUACGUUCUUGGAGAUGUCAGUAGAAAAACACACAAUUUACAGGCAAAUCAACAUUA